UAAAACAGUGUAAUAUUAUUACAAUUAAAAUUAACUAUUUUCUAUUUGAAAAAUAUUCUAUUCUAUUUAUUUCUGUGAUGCAGUGCUGAGUUUUCAGCAGUGUCCAUCACAUGAUCCUUCAGAAAUUAUUCUAAUAUGGCUGAUUUGCUACUUAAGAAACGUUUCUUAUUAUUAUCAAUGUUGAAAAUGGUGAUACAUGUUUUGUCUUCAGGAUUUUUGAUUAAUAUAAAGUUCAAAAGAACAGCAUUUAUCUACAAAUGGAAAUUUUUGUAACAUUAUAAAUGUCUUUACUGUCACUUUUGAUCAAUUUAAUGCAUCUUUGCUGAAUGAAAGUAUAAAUUCUUACAGGUACCAAUACUGCUUUCAAACACUUUAAAAUAUGUGUAUUUGUAUUUGUAGAUUAGUUAUCAUCUACCAAACAUGGCUGAUGUGUUGAAGAGUCUUAACCUGCUGGAAACUCUAAAGGAAUCCAUAGAGAAGAACAACAUUUCAGAUAUAAAAGAUGCAUUGGAGGACAUGCUGAUAAGCAGAAUCAACAUUGCAAUCAUUGGGGACAGAAAUACAGAAAAAGCCACUUUCAUCAACUCCCUUCGAGGUCUGAGCCAAGAAGAUGAAGGAGCAGCCCGCUCUCCAUCAUCUGCUGCCCCAGAGGAACUAGCCGUAUUCCCCAACCCCAAGCAUCCUGACUUUCGCCUCUGGGAUCUGCCAUCCAUUUCUAGCGAUACAUCUUUUGAGGCUGAAGAUUAUGUAGAGCGAUUCAAAGUUACGAGAUACAACUCUAUCAUUAUUGCAUUCACAGAGAAACCUAAUGUUAACAGUGUGGCGUUGUGGAGGGAAGUUAGGUCGCUGCAGAAAGAGACAGUUUACUUCGUCUUACUAUCAUCCAUGAAGGAUACAGAGAAAACACUGGAGGCGAAGAAGACGGUAAGCUUAGAGGUGCUCAAGACAGAAGGUGUUCCUCUGCCAAAGGUGUUUCUGGUACAACCUUCAGCUUUGGAGAAACUGGACUUUCUAAAGUUUUUAGAGGUCAUGCGAGGUGACCUUCCAGAGAUCAGAGCACAUGCUCUUCUUCUAGCACUUCCUACAUUCUCCAACUCCCUGGUCACUCAGAAGAAAGAUGCUUUCAAGGCACUGGUGUGGGCUGCCGCCUCAUUAUCAGGAGGCGUUUCUGCCAUUCCCGUACCUUUGGUGGCCUCCAUGGUGGAUGCUACUGUGGGUGUACGGAUUAUAACCAAGGCUCAGAUCUCGCUUUGCUUGGACGACGAGUCUCUUGAGCGUCUGGCGAGGCAGAGGGGUCUCAACCCAGCCAGGCUGAAGGCCCUGCGGACCUGCGCUCUCUCUGUGGAGGUCAGCAAGAGUGAAGUUAAAAGACGACUCGCGGAAGCCGAGAAAGAAACCAGCACUGCAACCACCAGACUUGUGGAACUCGCCAUGCCGAGACACGCCAGAUCCGUCAGCCGAUCUUUCACCGUUAUGCUGCAGGCGCUCAACACUGCUAUUGACGAUAUGGGUGCUGAUGCUGAGAAAGUGGUUGCUAUGGUAACAGGAGAGGGACAGUAGAUUGAGCAGUACUUAACAUAUAAACUUAAAUCAUGAUCUUUACAAUCCAUUUGGACUGAUACCUAAAUGGACUAUAUAGCAUUUAAACUAUCAGCAAUAUAUUCAUUUAAAAAUAAUAACACUCUUCAUUUUCAUUAUUCAGUUGAUUAAUAUCCCUUUAAAAUUAGAUUUCAGUGCAGUUCAUUUUUAAUGGUAUAUCAUAAAUGCUCAUCAGGGAUGCAAAUUCAUGUGCCCCCCCUUUUUUUUUUUUUUUCUUUUUCAGCUUCAAAUGUGGAUUUACAGUCGAUUUUAGCAAGACUUUCUUUUAGGCCACAUUAUUGUUUUUAUGGAACCCAUUCAGUAUGACCAUACAAUAAUAAUAAUAAUAAUAAUAACAAUAAUGAUUAUUAUUAUUAUUAUUACAUAAUUUUAUUUCAUUAUUAAAAUUGA